GUGGCGCAGCGUGGCAUUAAUUAACAUAAGAUAUCUUGACCAACGUGGCCUGGCCAGAAGUGUGUCAUACAUUCAGUAGAAGUGAAUGGAGAGAGCAGUUUGUGGCGCCGACUGCCAACUACUGACACACACGUUAAAGCAUUGGAGUGUCACCGUAGUAGACGUGUAAGUAAAAGAGUGAUUGAACAUUAGGACAACAGUGUCGCGCUGGAGUUCAUAGACUGGCUCGAGUUCCCUCUACAUGUUGACUCAAGUUGACUUGAUCAUUUAUUACACACACACAAAGAAAAUGGAAAUGACAUCGCUACUGGAUAAUCAUCUGUAAGACAGGAAGAAACUUCUUAAGGGAAGAAAUAACAAGUUUUCUUUAACUUCCUUUCUGUCGUGGAUUACGGACAUUAAACAGUUUUAUAAAGAAACAGUCAAUUACACUGUUCUAUCUAUACGGAUUUUGUUAAGUGUUGCCUAUUUUAUAAAACAUUUCUUAAUGAACAACAGCCAACUUUCUGUAGUUGAAUUCAAGUGAAACGUUUUGCUUAUUUGAUAUGAAAGCGUGAAGCCUUGACGUUGUGCUGACCAAGAGCUGGCCAAGUCAUUGGCUCGUGACCCAAAGAAAUGCCCAUCGCAGAGAAAGAGUGUGCCGUGACUUAUAAGGUCUUGCUGGUCGGUGAUCGGUCCGUGGGCAAGACGGCGUUGCUUAGGUCAUUGUCCAGCCAGGAGUUUAAGGAGAAGUCGUUACCUACAGUGGGGCCGGAUUUCAUUAACAGAAUAUUUGAAGUGGACGGAGCAUUAGUUCGACUUCAGAUCUGGGACUCCCCAGGACACGAAAGGUUGAGGUCAAUGACAAGACAACAAUAUUCAGGAAUCCACGGUCUCGCUCUUGUGUAUGACGUCACAGAUGAACUCUCGUUUGAGUCAGUUGGCUACUGGAUUCGCAGUCUAAACGUCGACACAGACCACAAAAAGGUCAACUACAAGCCAACUCCAGUCAUUCUUAUAGGCAACAAAACAGAUCUAAUCAGUGGCAAGAUAGUUAGCAGUAGUAGAGCUGAACAGUUUGCUGAGAAGGAGCUAUUGUUUGGCUUAUAUGAGACCAGUGCCAAGACUGGAGACAAUGUGCUGGCAGCAUUCCACAAGUUGGCGUAUCAUAUAACGGAACUACAAAACCCUAUGUUUAUGACGUCAUAUCAUCCUUUCUUAAUACGCAGGACUUCAAAGAUACUCUCUAACCAAACGCAAACGUGCGAUCCACCAAAACGCUUCUCUAAAAGCAAAAAGAAGACAAAAGAAAAUAAGCCCAAGAGAAGUAACUCAACGCCUCACAAAAGUAAACCAACAGACACUCAGAAUAAACUAAACAACAAACCAGCAACCCACCAAACUGCACAGAUAAAUCAGACGAACGGGUCAGCAACCACCAAAAGUGAUCGACCCAGGGCUCAAAGAUCGUGUCUCCUCUUCGCUUGCUUCAGACCCAAGAAAGAGGAAUAAACUAUCGGACACUUAUGCUAGCCCUAAAGCAGGACUUUACCAUGAUAAGUGCGCUUAAGUGUAAAUGAGAGCAUUACCAAAGAACGAAGAGUUACUUUGUCCUAGCUAAUAAGCAAAGUUGUUGAAGAAACAAUGUUGUGAUAUUAACUUUAGCCUUGUUUUUAUAAUGUAAAAUGAUGUUCAAUCAGGGUGGAAGAUAAUCUACAUAGUAGCCCAAAGCCCCCAAACUUCCCACAGGACGAAGAUGGAUGGCACUGGGCAGGGUAUGAACCGGGAUCACCGACAGUCCAGCGUGACUAGGCAGCCCUCCCGGCCAGGCCUAUAUGAAAAGUCAUGCCUAUUUUAUAGUGUCCAACCUUACUAGUAAGCACUGAAACCAGAACAUGCGAUAAGGUGGGGGGGGGGGGGCUGCUCUGACGAAGUCUGACAACAAUAUUGUUUCUGUUUGUCAGAAGUUUUCCGCUUUUAGCGUAUCUAGAAACAGAACAAUUCGCUUCUCUUACCAGUCCUGCUUCCUCUACAGUUACUUGAGUUACCCAGAAGAAAACGAUAGCCGAGGAAUCAUGAGUUGCUCUCAGUGCUGAGAAGUUCUUCUUGUUUGUCUGCCAAUUUAUGGACAUGUAUUUUUCUUCUUUUUUUUUGUUGAAAUCUAUAGUCAAUCUGGUUUAGGCGUUAUUUGCUUGCCUUCACUAUUGUCUCAUUGCUGCUGAUACCUCCACCAGACUCUAUCCGUUACCGACUUGUUCAGUUACAAACCACAACAAAAGAUAAAUAAUGCGAAAUACUUUGACAAGAACUCCACAUUUACAGCCACAUCUUCAAUACUCUAAGAUUUAUUUCCCUUUUUCGGUAUCAAACAAAAAAUUGUUAUGUUGAAUUUUUUUAUUUGAUUCAUUUUUUGUUUGGAACAAUAACUAAGAACGGGAAUUGGUAUAACAGACAGAUACUCAAAGGGAUCAGUGAACAGAAGAAUAGUGAUUUUAUAUAGUACGUUUUGAGGAUUAGACUAUACCUAAUACACAUGCCUAAUACACAUGCCUAAUAUGCAUGCCUAAUAUACAUGCCUAAUACACAUACUAAAAACCUGGAGGCACUCUGUUUGUCAGAGGCGCGGUGGCUAAGAUCUGAAAAGCGUACUUUGCUUUAAUUACAAAAGAAAUACUUAACAAUAGGGUAGGCAAAUGAGGUAUCACAAGUGAUACGGGAAAAAAAUGAAAUGUAACAAAAAGUACACAUUAUGUUCUUAUUGUUUAUUUUAUUUUCUAUAAUGACAAGAAAAAUAUGUCAACAUUUUGUGAUCUAUUUCAUUGUUUCUUUGUUACUACCAAAUUAAAAACUAAUUUAUAGCAAAAAUAUUUAAGUUUGGAAAGUUUGCUAUAGUGAGCAUGCAUAUGACUGGACCUUAAAAUUGUACUGAUCAAGAAACGUUUGUAGAUUUAGUGAUUGUUUCUGAUGUUAGCAAUGUAUGAUAAAUUUAAUGGUUGUUUCUGAUGUUAGCAAUGUAUGAUAAAUUUAAUGAUUGUUUCUGAUCUUAGCAAGGUAUGAUAAAUUUAGUGAUUGUUUCUGAUCUAGCAAAGUAUGAUAAAUUUAAUGAUUGUUUCUGAUCUUAGCAAUGUAAGCACGCAAUGACCUCUUUUUGUUAAGUGUACGUGUUGUCUAGGUAAAAACGAAAUGAAAAAAAAAAAGAAAUUUAGUGAAGCACUUUUUGAAUUUCCCUUUUUUAUCGCUCAUCUAUCCGAGACCUUUGGUUAUAGAAGGCUUAAACACUGAUUUGCAAUGUCACAACCUGUGGACAGUUUAGACAACAGAAGUGUGACGUGGCAACGAGCUAUUGGUCUAAACUGCCCACAGGUUGUGACGUUUGCAGGUCAGUGUUCAGGCCUAGUAUAACGAUUGGUCUCGGUCUGUCUUGCUUAGAACUUCCUCAAAGCGCUAUGGUCCGAUCUCUUGUGUGGAUCAGUGGGGGAUUCUGGGAAAAAGUUUCCGUGUUUCCUUUAGAGUCUCAAACAAAAACAACUCUGCUUGAGUCGGGAUUCGAACUCGAGCCACCUUGAUAGGUAGCUAGGCUUUUUUUUUUUUUGCCUCUCAUCCACUCAUCCCUUACUGCUGAACAACCAGGUCAAUCUGAAAGUAGAUAAACGGUGCUUUAAUGUUAAGUCCAGAGGACAGAAUGAAGUCACUCGACUAAGAGUAUGUAUAACAAGACAAAUUCUUCACAAUAGAAUUGAUGAAUUUAUUGACAGGAGAAGACUUUAGAAUGUUGAGAACCAGUGCUGUGAGCUUAAGCUCAGAGGUCUCAAGUUAUUGAAUUCUUUUAUUGUUUUUUACACAACUUUUUUUUAACUCAUUCUGUCUAGUUCAAAUCUUGUAAACUGUUUCCGACAGCUUCCCAUUCUCGGAUGAAGUUGAAAAUAUACACAAUUAUCCAUUGCCUUGGUAAUUAACUCAUUUAGUUCUAUAUAGAAAAAUUAGAUAAAUCCUGCAUUAUUGAGAGAUGUGGUAGAAAUUUUGCGGUUCUUUCCCUUAUACGCCUUAUUUUUUUUUCAAAGUAUUUUUAUACUUUGUUCUGUAUGUCUUGGUAAAAAAAAAAAUCGCGAGGCCCCUUUCAGGCACGAGGCCCAGUGGCGUCGAACACUUUUUAUACAAUGAAAUGCAGGCAUGAUGAAUAUUGGUAUCACUCAUCCUCAUCCUCAUCCAUUGGCAUCAAGCUUCAUAUCCAUUAAGUAGCAGGAGGGAGGUACCCCCCCGUCAUGACUUGGGUCACAUUACUUAAAACAAAGUUAAAUCAGUCAACACAUUUUAACAUCACUUCUUCACUUGGUCUUUCAUUAUCUAUCAGUAAUGAUAAGCAGCUUAUCUUAAACACCGACUGAUAUCUAUCUCACAACUGAAUCGCCCAGGGUGAAAUAAUACUAAUAAAAGACUAAUGGUGAUAAAACAAAAACUGCAAGCAACACGCGUGUCGUGCACACCCACACCCACGAGUACACACCUCCUUUAUGUAUGUCUAUCUGUACUAAUGUCUGUGUUAGUGUGUGCUGGCUUACAAUAUAGUCUUAUGGAUUAUUUGAUUUACA